AUGGCAACUUUGAAUGAAAAAAAGACCUGCAGCGAACGGAUGGAAAAUUUCCGUCGUUUUGUCUGGAAUCCAGAAACAAAGCUCUUCAUGGGAAGGACCUUAAUUAACUGGGUGUGGAUCAGCCUGUACUACCUGGCCUUCUACGUGGUGAUGUCAGGGCUGUUUGCACUCUCCAUCUACUCUCUGAUGAGGACAGUGAAUCCCUACGAGCCAGACUACCAAGACCAGCUGAAGUCCCCAGGUGUAACGCUACGACCUGACGUGUAUGGUGACAGAGGACUCCAAAUUUACUACAACAUAUCCAACAACAAAACCUGGGAAGGUUUAGUGACAACUCUUCGGACUUUCCUGACAGCAUACACACCAGCUGCCCAGCACCUGAACAUCAACUGCACCAGCGACACCUACUUCAUCCAGGACACCUUUGAUGGCCCCAAUAAAACAAAACUAUCCUGCAAAUUUACCUCAGAUAUGCUUCAAAACUGCUCUGGCAUCACAGACCCCACGUUUGGAUUUCCAGAAGGGAAACCAUGUUUUAUUAUAAAAAUGAACAGGAUUAUCAAGUUUCUCCCUGGCAAUGGCACUGCACCAAGGGUGGACUGCACGUAUGUGGAGUCUCCCCCACUGGAGGUGGACUACUACCCCCUGAAUGGCACCUUCAACCUCCACUACUUCCCCUACUAUGGAAAAAAGGCACAGCCCAGCUACAGCAAUCCUCUGGUGGCUGUGAAGUUUCUCAACAUCACCAGGAAUGUAGAAGUGAAAAUAGUGUGUAAAAUCAUUGGAGCUGGAAUCACCUUUGAUAAUGUUCAUGAUCCCUACGAAGGCAAAGUGGAAUUUAAAUUGAAAAUAGAAGAUUGA